UGCUUCGCCACCAUGUCAUCCCACAAUCCAUUCCGAGAUCCUGCGCGCUUGCGGCCUUCGUCGUCGUCGUCGUCGAUAUCGUCAACAACGCUACCUCCGUCACUGCCACCGAAAUCUCAACCCAACAAUCCACACCCAGAGCCAUCCAGUCCUGCCGCUGCAUCCACUUCAUCACCUACUAGCAGAAGCGCAGUAAACCCGAAUAACUCGAGCGUCAGUCUGCCUUCGCAGCCAAGUGAAGAACUGCGGCCAGAUCCAACAGGUCUCACAGAGGACUUACCGCCUGCGUAUACGCCUGGACCAAAUGUCUACCAAGGAGAAAGCACAGUGGAGUUUGGUCCAGCAAGACCGUUUCAGCGACCACCACGCUCACAACCAUCACCUCAGCUCCAGCCUCAGCCUGUGCUCUUGCAACCCACUCCGACUGGCUGGUCAACAUCAUCAUCAAUAUCACAGAAUCAUUAUACUGGCCGACCACCUUCGUUGCUGCAACAGUUAACCGGUCAGAUAGUGUCCCAGCUGACUGGCGCUAGUAGCAACGGCAGUUAUUCCCGUUACCAAAGUCCUUCUUGGUCGGGUUAUCCUGGACAACAAACGCACAAUACCACCCCAUCGCUUCUGCCCCGGCCGUCAUCUGCUGCUGGCAGGUUCGCGCCUCCGCCCGGGCCACCACCUCAUGAUGCCCCACCAUUACCUGCUCGACGUAAUCCUAUUUCUGCAGGUGGCCACGAGCCUCCCCAGGGUCCACCCCCUAGCUCAGGUCCAUCGUCACCUCACUCUGGUCCUCCGCCUGCCCCCUCGCAGGCCCGAAAUGACGGUCGUCCAACUACUACGCCAGUUCCUGGUCAUCCUCUUCUAAAUAAUCACCGUCUCCUCGUGUAUCCAACUGGAUUUGAAUGCGAUAAAUGUAGAAAUACGGGAUACAAACAGAACGAUCCUUCUCAUCCGUGCCGCAAGUGCUGGGCCAAGUAUUCCAAGCCCUUUACUGGGGCACUCACAUACACCGAUUUUUCACCAGAAUCUAGGGCGACUGGAAAUUUCCAGCGCCCGCUUCCUUCGUAUCAUAGUCCACAGUCAUCAUCUAAUUUUCGUCCUGCGCCUCCUAACUUGGGAUACCAGCCAUCGUAUAUUACGCCACACCGCGGCUUCCUACCUCCACCUAGACCUAUGGUUACGCAGUUGAAUGGUUUCAAUCAGGCUCCUCGAGGCUCAGUUGUGUAUCCCACGGGUGACCCUCGAAUAGGAGGAAGAUUAUGUUGGCGGUGCGAAGGAAGUGGGCUAAUUUCUUUUUUGUUUCUGGAGGAUAAUUGUCCAGUCUGUGGAGGAAUCGGAAGGACAUUCAACUAAGCCUGCGUAGGAAUAUCAACGCUGUAGCACCACCUGUAGCCCGUCUUAUUCAUGACGCCUGUAUUGAUUACUGCACUGUUAAUUAUAGGUUAUCGCAUUUAUGAUUCGCCCACAGCUUCUACAGUAUAUCGGACGUCGAUUUGUCCCAUUUGGAUCCAUCGUCGAAUGCCUAGGUAUCAUUAUGAUAGCAAUAAUAGGUGACGAUGGACCUUUGCGGGACGAGUUUAGAUGAGGAGAAGCGUGCUCUGUCCUGCAAGUGGAAGUCGACUCGAGAGGCCUACCAACAGU